UCUGAAGUCACUCACUCUUUCACCUAAACAGCAUCAAAUGGCGACUUCUCUCUCCGUUUCUAGAUUCAUCUCCUCCUCCUCCGCCAUCGCUAAGCCGUUACUUUCCCCCACCGUCUCCUUCACCGCGCCGCUCUCCUUCACUCGCUCUCUCGCUCCUAAUCUCUCCCUCAAAUUCCGCAACCGCCGCACCAAUUCCUCCUCCGCCACCACCAGAUCCUUCGCUACAACACCCGUAACUGCCUCCAUAUCCGUCGGAGACAAGCUUCCCGACUCCACCCUCUCCUACCUCGAUCCAUCCACCGGAGACGUCAAAACAGUAACCGUCUCAUCCCUAACCGCCGGAAAGAAAACAAUCCUAUUCGCCGUACCCGGAGCAUUCACACCAACCUGCUCACAAAAACACGUCCCUGGAUUCGUAUCCAAAGCUGGAGAACUCAGAUCUAAAGGCAUCGAUGUAAUCGCAUGUAUCUCCGUCAACGACGCGUUCGUGAUGGAAGCGUGGAGGAAAGAUCUCGGAAUCAACGAUGAGGUAAUGUUGCUUUCCGAUGGUAACGGUGAAUUCACAGGGAAGCUUGGAGUUGAAUUGGAUUUGAGGGAUAAGCCUGUAGGACUUGGAGUUAGGUCAAGAAGAUAUGCGAUAUUGGCUGAUGAUGGUGUUGUGAAAGUUCUGAAUCUUGAAGAAGGAGGUGCUUUUACUAAUAGUAGUGCUGAGGAUAUGCUUAAAGCUCUCUGAUUCUAGAUGAAAUCAAUUCUCAUCACUUUCUUCUUCUCUGUUUCAAUUUUGUGUCUGUUUUUUGUUUUGUGUUGCUGUUUCUUUAAAUCUACGAAUCAUAUCGGAUUUGUAAUGGAAUAAUGAAUUUAGAGGUCUGUU